GAUGAACAAAGCGUCACGAAGCACUUUCUCCUAUGGAUUUUUUGYGGAUUCGAGCCAAAUARAAGGAAWACAAAACGAUGGGGCAGCUGAGGAACAGAUCAUCUGUGUCAUCUCGGCGAUCAAGACGUAUACCAGACAGCGUCCAGUGUGGCGACCCUGGUCUCAGCCGUAAAUAUUUCACACGGAAACCCUCAAGCAAAAUCCGUACUAACGAUGUAAGUGACAUUCCAUCCAUUUGAAUUUGAACUGGUGGUUCACAACGUGGAUUCUCUARAGUUCUUGGUGUCGACGUUCGUUGCCCCGUCWUUUUGGUAAACUCGGGAUUCUUAUUCAAACAAUAUUGUUUCCUUUCUUCAUUCUAUCAGUUGCCGAUGGAACCAAAUCAUAUAGGAUUCCAAUCACCCUGGGCCUUCUUGUGGUAUUUCUUGUUCUUAAUCGCACCACUGGCUUAUAUCUACAUCGCUAUGAUGCUGCUUAGGGAUCUUUGCGAAUACUUUCCUGAAACAGUUCAACAGCCGCUCGAGAUAUAUCUGCCGUUCAUGGCCAAACUGACCAAAAUGAUGAAAUCUUACUAUGGAUGUCGUCUUGUAGACGUAUGGUGCAUCAUCGAGGCAGUCUUUUUUAUUUAUUGCAAUCUKAAAAUUCGAUAUCUGCAAGCUAAAGACCCCUUGGAAGCUUGUCUGAGUGCAGCUCCUAUGCAAGAUCCGGAUGAACGCAAAGCACUCUGGGAGCAUAUCAUGGCGGUCGAAACCGAACCGUCCUGGAUCCAAGAAUGGUUUCUGGAUCGGCCAGCAAUCGAAACAAUAUCACUGUAUGAAAUUUAUGAUUUAGUGUGCUGGGCACUCUUUGAUGGAAGGAAUCAGGAACACUUGACAACCCACGAGUUGAAUGAUUUAGAAGGAUUUGUGGAGGAUCUCGAAUAUCGUCUUUCACUGCAGAUGUACGGAGCCAUUGAUGAGACCGGCCCUGACAUAGUAUCCAUAGGAGAGAAUGAAGAAGUUCUAUUGGACGGAUUGGGAGAGAAUAAUUCGCCUCGUAUUCACGAUUUACCAGUGAACCGACGUAGAUCAUACUCUGACGAUGCUACUGCUUCCGAAACAGACAUGAUUGAAAGCUACAACAAUGAUUUGAAUUCAGCCGAUGGAACACAGUAUGGUUCACCGCUGAAAUAUAGGAUGCAUAGUAUAGAAUCCACAGAAAGAGAAACACCAACUAGUCUGAGGUCGGGAUCUUGGGCGAGUCCGYCAUCAAUUUCUCGUCCCCGACCAAAAAAAUGUAAGUGAAAAUUCAUUGGAGCCUCCACCCCUUCUUUAGCGAGAUUGAUCUAUUCCCUCCAAUUCUACACAAGAAUCAAAGAAUCGACGGGUGAAUUUCUGACAAUUUUCAUUKACUACUGCAGUAUUUCGUUUUCGAAGAGAUAUUGAAAGAGAAGGACCGAGUGUUUUCUCGGACCUUUACGAAGCCUACAAAGUUCGCUACGAUAAAUAUAAGAACAUGAUAGAAAAUGUUGAUUUCAACCCAGUACAAGACCUCCGAAAUCUUGUUGCAGAAACAGCGCAACAGGCAGCGAAAAUGUCGCAUUCAGCAGAAGAAUCCGCCUUGAAAUCUGCCCAAAAUAUGUACGAAACAAUCGUUCAGCCUGGAUCCCAAAUGGAGAAACAUCUUUCUGCGUUUGGCCACGCAACGUCCMUCCAACUAACCGAAGCCUGGAAAUCAGUCAAGGGAAUGAAAGAACGUCUAGAUACUGCAAAUUUCUUGUCAGAGAGGCGGAAAGCUUUGAUGAAGCAAGUGCGAGGGAAUCGAGCCAUGUUGACACGUAUGAGAGAAAUGUCGUAUGCAGUAAACUCAAAACAGAUGGCAGCCCUUAUGAGGACUAUCACAGAAGCCCACGAAGCAUUGGAAAGCAUAGAAGCAGCAGCCAAAGAUGGUUUUAUUAGUGCUGCUGGGAAAUUGGCGGACAAUUCUCUCUUUAAGCGCCAAGAGCCUAGGCGAUAUGCGAGGUAUUCAUCUGAUCCGAUUUUGGGAAUUGCCUCAUCACCACUGUGCAUCACUUUGUUUCUAUUGAUCUCGACAGAAAGCAUUCUGCGUACUCUACUCAAAAGACGAGGUUUUGAACGACGAAACAUUGGUCCUGUCACAUAUUACUACCACCCGGGGAGCAAUUACGCGUCUGAGUCAAUGAAUUCCGAGAACAUUGAUCAUAAUGGCCUUCCACCUCGYGAUGGUUCGAAGACAAUUCCUGUUGUUUUCAUUCACGGUAUUGGAGUUGGUCUCAUAGCUUAUAUACCAGUKAUUGAUGCCUUAAUGGAGUCGGGGCGUCCUUUAUUCCUCCCAGAGCUUCCAUAUGUCUCGGCAUUUCGACCGUGGCAAAGUUCCAGAAAUGUACUAAGUCCAGCUGACGUUGCGAGUACGGUACGUUCGGCAUUUCUAUCGUAGUUUACCUCGCCCCGUGAAUCCAACUUAAUUGAUCACUUAUGCUUUCGGUGUCUCGAUUCAAUUUCUUCACCACAGAUGACAGCCAUGUUGGCUUACCAUGGAUUUUCAAAGGGUACAUUCAUAGGACACUCGUAUGGAACCACGUGGUUGUCUUACGUUUGCAAAUAUGCUCACAGUGCAGUGGCAGCUCUCUUAUUUCUAGACCCAAUUUGUUUCUGCCUUCACCAUCCUCAUUUAACGAAGAGYUUUGUUUACCAUCGACCGGAUCCUGGGUCCAUCGCCUUCAUUGUUCGGACGGAUAUGAUGGUAAACUGGACAAUACAACGCGCAUUUCCUUGGGCUUGGAUCGCACUAUUUUUGGAUCAAGUCAACGUCCCGUGCACUAUUUUCCUUGCUGAUAAGGAUGCGUUGGUGCCAUCUGAAAAAAUUAUGAAUUACUUUCGAUCUAAUGGAGUUCCACUAUCAGACGCUGCGACUGUUGACAGUAGCUACUUUGAGGAGAAAGGUGACAUAAAGUCUGUUGUCUGGCGAGGAGCAUGCCAUGGUGCCUUCACCGAGCAACCAGAAUUGGUCCCGAUUAUCGCAGUUGCUUGUAAUUCUUUAUGCAACAAAGUAGAAGAACAAGACUUCAUGCAGUCUUGAAUACAAUCGAUACUGUGAAAUAAUUAUCAUUUACUCCG